AUGGAACGAAUCGGUGACACUUAUCGAAGCAAAGUCGACGAACCAUCCGAGUAUCACCACAGCUUUUUCAGCAAUGGGAAGUUAUGGCUAUUUGGGACAACUUAUGUUUCACAACCCACUUACAACUGGGGAAAUCGAGUGACUUUUGGAGGCGGUUAUGCGAUCGAUUUUGACCCGAACACACGAGAAUGGGGACAAGCGGUGACGUUUGAUGCCUUGACUUCCGAUGAGAAUUGCGGUGAAGCCUUUUUCCAAGCCGAUGGUGCGAUUUUUCUCUUUCUCUACACGGCUUUUGGCGGUUUUAUUCCAAAAGCUCUCUAUCGAUGGAAUGAAAAUGAGAGGAAAUGGGCAAGCAUCCAAUUGCAGAUAGAUGCAUCAAGCGAGAUCCCAGCUGAUCCAGAUCGUCGAGUGGAUGUGAGAUCAAUCGAUGGGAACCCUGGCAGCAAAGACGGAUAUUUCUUUGUGACCAUCGGAUCUUCGGAUACUUCCGUUCAUCAUAUCGAUUUUUCUUCCGGAAAAAUUAGCAAGAAGUUUGAUGUGAAUCCAGAGGCGAUGUUGAUCCCGAGAGGGAUUCCAGUGAAAGGAGUCGUUUUUGGUGAUAAACUCCACGUAUUUUACGCUGUGCACGGAUGUGGUUUCCGAUGGGAACCGGCCAGACUCGUCACUUUGAACCUCGAGAAUGGAGAGGGACAGGAAAAACAGAUCAACGGAGACUUGCCAAGAUUCGGCUUUGCGGGAGCUCGAGUGACAGCGCUGAGAAAGAACAACGAAUGGCUUCACAUUGGGGGCUCCAUUCAAAAAGGAAUGACCGGAUCGGAGGCUUCCAGGGAUGUUUACAGUGUGAAUCUCGGAAAUGAGGAACCCGCUUGGGCAAAGCUUCCAGUUGAGGAUUCCGACCCCGGUGAGGUGAACUUUGGCUACGAUUUCACUGGUGACGCUCUCUACACCGUUGACAAGACUUCGGUCAAGAAAUCUCAACUC